GGGGCUGGGUGAUGCCUGGAAGGGGCACUGAGGGCAUAGAGCAAGCUUGAAAACCAGUGCAAUAGCUUGUGCCAUUCAAAUACUAUUGAGAGCGACUGGAAUUGGGCAGCCGCUGGAGUUCAGCUUCUCCUUCCCAGCAAGGUCUAACUGUAUAGAAUGGCACCUGGUGUAACAGCUGAAAAGAAGACUGAGGAUGAACAGUCGUCAAAAGAUAACUUAAUUCAUCUCUCCAACCCUCACCUUGAGAAAAUGAAAGAUGAUAUCCUGUACCAUUUUGCUCUUGGGACUGGCACCCAUGAUUUUCCUGCCUUGUUUGGAGAUGUAAAGUUUGUAUGUGUUGGAGGAAGCCCUUCACGGAUGAAAGCUUUUAUCACCUACAUAGCUGAAGAGCUUGGACUUGGGAGCGUCGGUGCUGACUAUCCCAACAUCUGUGCAGGAACUGACCGUUACGCGAUGUACAAAGUAGGACCCGUGUUAUCAGUCAGUCAUGGUAUGGGCAUUCCCUCUAUUGCAAUCAUGUUACAUGAACUGAUCAAGCUGCUGUAUCACUCCAAGUGUUCCAACGUAACCAUUAUUCGCAUUGGCACCUCUGGUGGAAUAGGUCUGGAGCCAGGCUCAGUGGUAAUAACCAGUCAAUCAGUAGAUGCUACCUUCAAGCCUCAAUUUGAACAGGUUAUCCUGGGAAAGACUGUAAUUCGCAGUACCAACCUAGAUGACCAACUAGCUAAGGAACUGAUGCAGUGCAGUAAGGAGAUAAAUGAAUUCAAUACAGUAAUUGGAAAUACAAUGUGCACUUUGGAUUUCUAUGAAGGCCAAGCCCGUCUGGAUGGUGCAAUCUGCUUAUAUGCUGAAGAAGAGAAAUUGCAGUAUUUGAAGGCAGCUUAUGAUGCUGGAGUCCGAAACAUUGAGAUGGAAUCUUCAGUUUUUGCUGCUAUUUGUAAUCUUAGUGGUGUCAGAGCUGCUGUGGUGUGUGUCACACUUCUGAAUCGACUUGAAGGGGAUCAGAUUAGCAGCUCACAUGAUGUGCUUGUGGAGUAUCAGCAGAGACCGCAGAAAUUAGUGGGACACUUCAUUAAGAAGUGCCUUGGGAAAGUGUGA